CACCUCAACCGACAGCCAGUCUUCACUUCACUCUCCUCCGAUGGCCGCCGGCGCUCUCUUCUUUCUCCACUUCUUCUUUCUCUUAUCCGGCUACGCCUUUGCGGACUCCUACGGGUGGGAGUCCGCCCACGCCACCUUUUACGGCGGCAGCGACGCCUCCGGAACCAUGGGAGGCGCUUGUGGGUACGGGAACCUCUACAGCACCGGCUACGGCACCAACACGGCGGCGCUCAGCACGGCGCUGUUCAACGACGGGCUCAGCUGCGGCUCCUGCUACGAGUUGCAGUGCGCCGACGACCCCCAGUCGUGCCUCCCCGGCUCCAUCAUCGUCACCGCCACCAACUUCUGCCCUCCAACCUACGACCUCCCCAGCGACAAUGGCGGCUGGUGCAACCCCCCGCGCCCGCACUUCGACCUCGCCCAGCCGGCUUUCCUCCAUAUCGGGCAGUACCGCGCCGGCAUCGUCCCCGUCUCCUUCCGCAGGGUGCCUUGCGUGAAGAAGGGGGGAAUACGGUUCACCAUCAACGGCCAUUCCUUCUUCAACUUGGUCUUGAUCACGAACGUGGCCGGAGCCGGCGAUGUGCACUCCGUGUCGAUCAAGGGGUCCAAGGGCGGGUGGCAAGCGAUGUCACGCAACUGGGGCCAAAACUGGCAGAGCAACUCGUUGCUCGACGGGCAGAGUCUCUCCUUCCAGGUGACGACCAGCGAUGGCCGGACGGUCACCAGCUUCGACGUGGCACCGGCCGGGUGGCAAUUCGGCCAGACCUUCGAGGGUGGACAAUUCUAACUAAGCUCAUCAAGGAAUUAAGGCUUGUCGGACGCAGAGGUAGCUACCUCAUCAGGCAGCACCCGCAGGAGCCUCCUAAACUCUAAACCCCCCCUAAACUAUACACUAUAUAUAUAAUUAGCAAGUAUUCAACCCUGUAAUUUAAAAGCCAUUUGUGGAAAUUAUGGAAGCCAUGGCUUACCUUACAGUUACAGGGAAGGAAGGUAAUUCACCUCAACCUAAUUAUGGAUGUGUCGUGGAAUUAUCCACUCGA